AUGCGUCUGUUUGUCUUUUCAACUUUUCUCUUUUUCGUAGGAGGAGCUCACGGAUUUUUUGAUUCUAUCGAGGAAGACAAUGCUCCUUCGUAUUUCAUCAACAAUUUCUACAACAACGAGAUUCCUGAUAUGAAUUCUGAAACUGUUUCCAAGCCUCGAAGACUUGUUGCAAGUGAAGGAAUGCCGAAAGCUGCUGAAGAGAUGAUGACUCGAUUCAAUCGGAACUUUUUGAACUUGUUGACUUCGGAAAACCAGAAUAAUUGGAACCAGUUGAUGGAGAUGAUUUCUCCAAGCGCCUAUAUCGAGACUUGUAUGGAACCCGCUUUUGGAUUGAGUAUUGAUCAGUUUCACAAAUGGAUGACCCAUUUGAGCAGGUUGUAUUCGAAGUUUGAACUUACGAACUCCGUGAUGGAAGAUAAUUCGAUUACAGACAUCACUACUAAACUUAUAAUUAGAACUGAAACUCGAGGAAAUGUGGUAGGAGCUGAUCUAUGGACAAUGUCAGCGUCUUUGGAUAGUGAGAAAGGAUAUUUCGUUGUGAAUACACUGAAGAUGAUGAAUGAUUGUAAAAGUAUUCCGACGUCUCCUCCCCUUGAACCAGCUAAUCCCUUUGAAACUUUUAUUUCGAGGCUGAAAACUAAACUGGUUAAUGAUAUCUUCCUGAAUGGUGGAAUUCGAUACAAAUCAUCAUACGAAUCCUUGAACACCUACUUGGAUCCGAAAUCUGAAAUCCAAGCUUGUGAUGUUGGAAAAUUGUCAUUGAAUCAAUUUGUCGAAUAUUGGUACAAAAGAUACGGGAAAGUCCAGACCUAUACGAAUCAUAAGUUUGAAGUGGUGAAGAAAGGGACCGAAUUAUGGAUCGACUUUGCAAUGACUUAUCAGGGAGAAUCUGGAACAGUCUUCCAAGAUAAAAUGUCUAAACAUGAUGAAGCUCAAGCCAAACUGGAUUUAGCUUCUAGACGAUGGGACCAACUAUUCCACCCAGAUAUUUCGUGGGAUACUCAACAAGCAUUCAAGGAACUUUUCGAUCAGAACACAUUCCAUGGAUACGCAUGCACCGCCUGCGGAGCAUGCAAGGACCUCGGAACAUUCCAAGAUUUCGGGAAUUGGCUAGGAGAGCAGGCUAAAUUCUACUCUAACUCCGUGCCAAUCGAAACGCGUGUUUACGCGGCUGAUGAGAAAAUAGGAUUUUACGCUGUGAACACACUAACUGCGAGAGCUGACAACAUCACAUCGAAUCGUCGUGUUUACUUCGAAGGAUUCUAUAAAGAUGAUCACUGGCAGCUGAAUCACUUGGGAUUCUCAUGCAACGACAAAUAA